CUAUGCUGCUGAGAUUCUCGCGCUACACCUGCGGGUCUGCCCGAGCCAAUAGGAGACCGACAUCCGGGGGGGUGGCGUGGCACUGUGCAUCUAAAGUCUCAUCCGAUUGGUGCAACCCAACCCGGAUUGUUCGACAACCCGAAUACAAAAACAUCGGCGAAUAUGCAUUCACACCUAUGCUCGAUUGAGCCCCUGAGAACUCGAGUGGGCUGACUCAUAUUUUUUUGUUUGUUUACAAUUUGAGUGCAGAAAUAAACAAAGAAAAGGCAUACGUUGCAGAUGAACACUGGUCGCAAAUCAAGAUUUAGUUCCAAUUGUGACAUCUACGUGGCAACGCUUCCCGAUUCGUCAGCGUGUCAGUCAACUCCCAUUUCUAAGAUGGCCGCCUCCUGCAAAAACAACUUAAGAAAGUUUGUGCCACGCGACCUGACGUUGUUGAUGCAUCAUCAUCGUCAUCAUCAUCAUCAUCAUCACCAUCAUGGAUGAAAGACGCGGCCGAGCUGCUGGGCCACCGCGAAGCGUUCAAGUGCCGCCUGGGCGGAAGCGGACCGGAGCCGGGACUCUCCGCCGCGCUCGGCCCGGUCCCGGACGGCGCGGAGGGCGCCACCGCGCUCCCCGCCGAGGACAUCGCCUCCGACCCGGCGCAGGGGACCAAGGAGCGGGACAAGCAGCAGCAGCAGCAGAAUCCCAACCCGCAGCAGGCCCAGAAACAGAAACGGCACCGGACCCGCUUCACGCCGGCGCAGCUCAACGAGCUGGAGAGGAGCUUCGCCAAGACGCACUACCCGGACAUCUUCAUGCGCGAGGAGCUGGCCCUCAGGAUCGGCCUGACCGAGUCCAGAGUGCAGGUCUGGUUUCAGAACCGGCGCGCCAAGUGGAAGAAGCGCAAGAAGAGCACCAACGUGUUCCGGGCUCCGGGCACGCUGCUGCCCACUCACCACGGCCUGCAGCAGUUCACGGCGGCGGCGGCGGCGGCGGCCGCCAUGGGCGACGGCCUGUGCUCCUUCCACGCCAACGACGGGCGCUGGGGCCCCGCCAACGUGUCCCAGCUCCAGCUGCCCCCCGCCCUGGGCGGCCGCCAGCCGGCCGGGUCUCACUCCCUGAGCCGCUCCCAGUGCGGCCUCCGGCCGCCGCCGCCCGCCUCCGUGGGGCUGUCCGACAUGUCCGACAUGUCCGGCGGCGGCGGGCUGCAGUCCCACCUGUACCAGCCCCACUUCCCCGGCAUGGUGCCCCCCGCCAACGUGAGCGGGUCGCCGCAGCUGUGCGGCUCCUCGCCGGACAGCGACGUGUGGAGGGGCACCAGCAUCGCUUCGCUCCGCCGCAAGGCUCUGGAGCACACGGUGUCCAUGAGCUUCGCCUAAUAGCAACGCCAGCUGACAUCUUGUGACGCGUAUUCACACACAUUCUGCACCCGAAAAUAUGCCGCUGUUAUUGUUAUCCCGCAAGUUUGCCGUUCUGCUCCUUCCGACUUUCGCCACCACUUCAAAUCAUUCGGACUUCCAGCUCGUCGAGAAAAAUUGCAACCGCUUUCCGCAUUCUACAAUUCCCGGUUUUCCCACAAUUCCGCAUUUGCACCCAAAAAUUCAAGCAAAUGCCACAAUCAAAUAUUUCUCCUCUUUUUCAUUUCAAAGUCAAACUGUAAAGUCCAAUUAGAACGUCGCGCUGGGCAAUUUUUGUCUUUUUCAGGUUCCAAAUUUCCCAAUUUCACGGUACGUUUCCCAAAUGAAGACAUAUUUACAUGUUCCAUUUGGUGACUCGUGACAAGUUCCAAAUAUUUCCCUCAUUGAGGACAUCUCGUGAACUAUUUUCCACAUUUCCAACACUUUUCAUGGUGAAAUUCCCACAUUAAGAGAGAUUUGACAGAUUUACCGUUUGGGGAUCUUCCCUUCCACAUUUCUUGACCGAUUCCAAGUUGAAAAUAUUCAACUCAUUCGGUACACCACUGGAAUUAUUUUCCACAUUUUCAAAAUUCCUAUUGGUCCCACAAUGCCACACUUUCCUUGAAAAUAAUCCUGUUGAUACGAAUCGAGACGUUCUCAAUAUCGAUCCGUAUUCAACCGAUUUUAAACCAUUUCUACCUCAAUCGAAUCAUCUCCUUCAGGAUAUCUUGGGAGCUUCCCCCCCCCGCCCCCCCACAUUCCCAGAAUUCCCACAUUUUGCAUUAUUCCACAUUUCCCCUGACGAUAUUCCCAAAUGAAUGCAGACAUUGAACUUCUCUUACCCCCCAACCGAUUCCAACUGUUCCAACUCGAAACAUAUUGGCAAGGAUUUAAAACAUUCCCCAAAUUUCCAGAUAUUUGGCACAUUUAUUUCAUGACCGAUUCAAGCCGUCCCAGACGUGAAGUCUUGCGUUUGACAUUUCAACAAUUGGAUGACUUCUAAAGUGUUUCAGUUCCACUUCUGCUCUUCGGCGUUCACAGUUAACAUUGCCUACGGUUAUUAUUUAUUCUUGCGUCGAUUUCCACAGAACAAUCGUUUUGGCACGGUGCUCAUUUGUUCAUUUGAAAUCAUUUAUUGUGACGGCACGGAAGCAAAACCAAAAAACACUGACUGGCUGCACACUUGCUGUCUUCACACUUUCAUUCCCGAAGGAAAUCAUUUUAAAAUGUACAUAGGGUGUUUUUGUGAUCUCUUGGCGUGCCGAUGAUGCCGAUGAUGCCGAUGAUGCCGAUGAUGGUGAUUUUUCUUCAAUGUCAGCCAUUUUUUUUGGGUUUGUCUCAUGGACAUGUUUCUACUGAUUUCAUGUAUAAAUGAUUCCAAUAAAAGUUGAAAUAA